AUGGCCGCUAAGUACGGCCUAAUGCUACAUCAGAUGGACGUCAAGACAGCGUUUCUUAACGGCUCCCUCAACGAAGACAUCUACAUGGACCAGCCGGACGGAUACCUGGAUGCAACACAGCCGGACUAUGUGUGCAAGCUAAAGAGAUCACUCUACGGCUUGAAGCAAUCGCCUCGCAUGUGGAACCAAACAAUCGAUGGGUUCAUGAUCAAGAUGGGAUUCAAGAAGUGCGAAUCGGACCACUGCAUCUACAUCAAGCGAGACGACCAAGACAUGAUUCUCGUGGUGCUCUACGUCGAUGAUCUCAUCCUGGCCAGCAGCAACAACGAACUCCUCAAGUCAACCAAGAUGGCGCUGAGCAAACGCUUCGAAAUGACGGAUCUCGGUGAGCUCGAUUACUUUCUCGGCAUGGAGAUCAAGAACGACCGUAAGACGGGAAUGGUGACUGUACAACAAACCAAGUUUCUCAAGUCCGUGUUAACCAAGUUCGGAAUGGAUAACAGCAAGCCAGUGAAGACGCCUCAAGAUCCCGGCCUGAAGUUAACCAAGAACAUGUGUGAACAAGAAUGCAAGCACGAAGACACCAUGUGCAACGUGCCAUAUCGAAGUGCUGUCGGAGGCAUCAUGUAUCUCAUGGUCGCCACACGUCCGGAUCUAGCUGCUGCAGUGGGAUCAUUAUCCCAGUUCUCGUCCGACCCAUGCCCGACUCACUGGCAAGCUUUGAAGCGUGUGCUGAGAUACCUGCAAGCAACGCCCAAUCAUGGUCUUGAGUUUACACGUGAAGAAGGAAGCCGUAUCUGCGGGUACACCGACGCAGACUGGGCCGGCGACAUUGAGUCAAGACGAAGUACAAGCGGCUAUGUGUUCAUGAUGAGCGGAGGAUGCAUCAGCUGGAAAAGCCAGAAACAACGGACGGUCGCGCUAUCUUCAACAGAAGCAGAAUACAUGGCGCUUUCCGAAGCAACCAAAGAAGCAGUAUGGCUCAAGGUGCUUUUGGGGGAACUUGGUGAGAUGACAAGCGACGAAGCGAUCAAGAUGUAUGAAGACAACCAAGGAUCAAUCGCUCUCGCCAAGAACCCGGAGUUCCAUAAGAGAACAAAACACAUCGACAUACGCUACCAUUUUGUGCGUGAGAAGGUGGAAUCAGGUGAAGUCGUUUUGGAGUAUUGCCCGACUCAAGAUAUGCUGGCAGACAUGAUGACCAAGCCGAUCGCCGCUGUACAAUUUGAAAACAUUCGCGAUCGACUUGGGAUCCAAGAUGCCGCAGCUAACGAGUCGAGAGGGAGUGUUGAAAAGACAGCGGCUGUGAAGAAGACACCUCGUCAAGCUGCGUCAAGUGUUGAAGCAAGUGGAAGACCAAGCUUCGCUAUACCGGUGGGUACCGGUAUGUACCAGUAA